CAGCUGGUGACGGUUUAUGGUGUCAACGCUGAGCCUGGCAGGAAGUGCAUCUUGUGUGUAAACUGGAAUAUGAGGAGAAGAAGCUGUUGUAUUCAGAGCUACUGGGACAACACACUCAUCUUUAGACGACAACACAUUGUGAGAUGGAGAGUUAUCAAAGAGGACGACCAUGGGGAAAGCUAGUCAAAGUGGACUCCAGUGAAACUGUCCUGCUGUUCAACAGGGAAUGUACAGUUGGCAGAAAAAAAGGAUGUUAUCUGUCCUUCCCAGCCAACAAACUGGUCUCAGGGGAGCACUGCAAGAUUGUGCAAGAUGAAAGCUCAGGGCUGGUGUGGCUGGAAGACAUGAGCACUAACGGCACGGUGAUCAACCUGUCCAAACUGGUCAAGAAGCAAACUCACAUGCUGCAGAACGGCGAUGUCAUCUACUUUGUAUACAGGAAAAGUGACCCGGGACAAAACAUCGCGUAUGUUUACCACUCAAUCAAAUCGGAGCAGGCGAUUUCACAUCACGGUUAUGACAUGGAGAGGGUCGCCCACAGUCCUGCUCCACCUUCAGAGAUGCCACUCUCUGUGGAGCCUGUAAUGCUCACAAAGGCUCCUCAUGAUCCAACUCAGGAGGAGCCUCAGCCCUCCACCUCCACGUCCCACUUCUGCAUUAGGAGCCCCACCACUUCUGGUACCGUGGCAACCACCGCCUGUCCUGCCUCUGGCCAAGCUGAAGAUGCUGCCCCCGCGCAGGAGAGAGAUGUGGACGACAUGGAGCCAGAAAGCAAAAGGAGAAAAACUGAUGACUAUCAAGCUUAUGCUUUGGACUUGCCACACACCUCCAGCACGGAAGUGGUCGGAUCAACUAAGGGAAGUGUUUUGUCCAAACCACCAGCGGAAGGGUCUAAGAGGGACAAGAUGGAGGAGAGCCUGACGUGUGUUAUUUGCCAGGACCUACUGCAUGACUGUGUCAGUUUGCAGCCUUGCAUGCAUGUCUUCUGCGCGGCCUGCUACUCGGGCUGGAUGGAGCGUUCAUCUCUCUGCCCCACCUGCCGCUGCCCCGUGGAGAGGAUUCGUAAGAACCACAUCCUCAACAACCUGGUGGAGGCCUACCUCAUCCAGCACCCAGAAAAGUGCCGCAGUGAUGAAGACCUGAAGAGCAUGGACAGCCGUAACAAGAUCACUCAGGACAUGUUGCAGCCAAAGGUUGAGCGCUGUCUCUCAGACGAGGAGGGCAGUUCAGAUUACCUCUUUGAGCUCUCUGACAACGACAGUGACUCCUCAGACAUCAGUCAGCCUCUGGUGAUGUGCAGACAGUGUCCGGGCUACAGGAGGGAGGUCAGUCAGGUGCUGUUUGCUACAGGCUCCAACUACUGGCUCCCUGGUCUGCCAGCUCCACCACCACCUUUAACGCCACCACCCAAACCAGCAACUGAGGAGGGGUCUGCAAAGCCCACAGGGGAGCAGCCUUCAACAUCCGCUGACAUGCUCUCAGCUCCUCAGGAGUACCGCUGCGCCCCCCAGGGCUGCCAUCUCAUCUGCACCUGCUGCCUGCAGCCGAUGCCAGACAGACGGGCCGAGCUGAACAGUGAGCAGGUUAUUGCUCAACAAUGCGUGCUGUGCCAGCGACCCUUCUGUCACAUGUACUGGGGCUGCCAGAGGAUUGGCUGUCAGGGCUGUCUGGCUCGGUUCAGUGAACUCAAUCUGAUGGACAAAUGUCUGGAUGGUGUGCUGAACAACAAUAACUAUGAAUCAGAGAUCCUGCAGAACUUCCUGUCCUCCAGAGGCAAGUCCUGGAGAGAUCUGCUCCAGGAGUCUUUGCAGGCUUUAGGGCAGGGUAACUACUAUCUGUCAGAUUGUCGCAUCGCUCCAAACGCCAUCCUGUGCUUCUGCUGCGGCCUGCGAGCAUUCAAGGAGCUGGCCUACAAGUACAGACAGAACAUCCCUUCACCUGAACUGCCAGCUGCUGUAACCGCUCGCCCCGACUGUUACUGGGGACGCAACUGUCGUACGCAGGUGAAGGCACAUCAUGCAACGAAAUUUAACCACAUAUGUGAGCAGACGCGUUUCAAGAGCUGAAGGAGCAGAGUGGUUUGUUUCUCCUCCUCAAGUGUCAAAUCGGAACAUCUCGUAGACACGAUCUUGUUUUGUCUUGUCCAUUGUAGCUAACUGCCUUUUCUUUAGAAGUUAUGCAAUAAUCUAAUGCAGAAAUUACAAUCAGUGUCCAUUUACAAUAGUGACCGGUGUCAGACUGGACACGGGGCUGUGUGACAUCAUGCUAUGCACAAUGACAUUAAAGCUCAAUGUUUAAACUGUGGGGGCAUUUAUCAGCAGCCGCCAUUUAAAUUCAGAUCAGCUGUUUCUACCAGGUAACCCGGCACCAACUGUUAGUCAUUGAUUUGUUGUUUGUUAACAUUCUUCCUGUUCUGUCCUCCAGCCUAUGUGACACAAAUGUUUUUCUUUAACUCGGAUUAAGAGUGAGUGAGGCAAUCUGUGUGGAUUAAGGCCAUUUACUGUAUGUACGCUUGCACAUGUUGGUCAGCAUGUUUUUUUAUUAUGUCUUCUCCAGCCUUGGCUUAAAGAGGCUUAAAACACCCGCUGUACAUUUACUUUUUUUAAUUGUGAUUAUAUUUUCUGAGUUAAGAAUCCAGGGUUUCCUACACAAUGCUGAUGAAAACAUUAAGAGUGAUACUCGUAUUACCAUGUUGGCCCGAGACACAAACCAAGAACGUCUCGCCUUGGAGGGGCUUGUUCUGGUGUUGCCAGACGAGGGCAAAAAGCCACGUCGAAACCCCUCAUACAUACUAGGGUAGAUUUAUAAUCCCAUGUGAUAUUUGCAGAGGAUUGGGAAGGGGAUCAAUGUGUUGUAACGCCGUCGGAGGUUACGGGGCCUCUUUUGUAUGCUUUGCUCUGGAUAAUCAUCUCCAAGGUGAUUAAUGUCGUGUAAAAGGGACGCUUUCUCCGAGACCGAGUGAGUAAGCUGCGAUGAAAUGCAGCUACUCCGUGUAGACUCUUGAGAGGGGGAAGCAUAGGUUGCUCUCCCAAGGAAAGCAGCAAUGGUUGAAUAUGCUGCAGGGAUGUUGCUUCUAGUGGGGUGGAGUUUUUCACAUGCAGAGAUUGACGGCUGCAGAAACCAAUUAGAGAAUUGUGCCAAUACAAACACAACAGUGUCAUGUGUGUUUCCAUUCCAGAUGUUCUGGCUCACCUUGCAAGAAUAAUGAAAGGAGAUUAUUCAGAUGGAGUCUUCUCUGUUUGUGUAGAUUGCCUUCCUCAGGUACACAACGCUGCAGGUUUGUCCUUUUACUUCCAGGUGAACUGUGACAUGUCACGUUGAGUCUGAUGACCUCUCAUUUAUGACUAUCAUUACCCAAGUGUCAAAGUCCCCAUCAUGCAAACACGCACAGUUUGCAUUGAUGUCUACUGUAAAAAAAAAAGAAAUAAGAAAUCAGCCUUUUGUUUAGUUAAAUAAAAACAUUAGUUUGGAGAGUCUUGUACGUUGGAAUACGAGGACAAAGUAACGGUUUAGAUUUUCUUUAGGAGAAUAAGAGUCGGAACUGUUACAAGCGUAGGCCUUACGUUGGUUUAGAAGAACACACACUAAAGUGUUUUCUAAAUGUGUUUUAUAUUGUACAACUAUGAGGAUAUUUGCACAUAACUCAUCUCACACCAGUAGAAAGGCUCACGGUUAUGAUGUGAACCGGAGCCGUCGGCAUCCUGCCUCAUAAUAUCUGACGUGUGAUCGGAUGAAGAGUUUCAUUCCAAAGUUCGAUGUACGUCGUCGGGAGGAAAAAUCCAACUUGACAUACUCGAUAGUUUAGUAAAGAGUCUGCUGAAUAUGAUGCAGUGUUUGUUGUGUUGGAAUGUCGCUCUUCAUCGCUUCAUUGCAAAUGUUGGUGGUAAAAUGGGCUUGUGAAUAAGCACUCUCCUGGCCUCUGCCUGAGCAGUUAAAUUGCGGUUGCAAGGCGCUUUAGGUGUUUCUUGUUUUUGUUUUUUUUUACCCCCUCAGCCACGGUGGGUCCACACUGGCAUUCCUUAGCGGCUCAGGCCCUCAGCACAAGCCCGACAGGGAAUAAUUAAAAUUCAGCCACUCUAUCGGAGAUCUGGGCACUGUAAGCCAACAACAGUCUCAAGCCGCUCCAAUCAGGAAUUGGUAAUAAAGAGGCUUUGGAGGAGUGCUUUGCAGCCUCCCUGGGGUGGGGUGUGGGAGGGCAUGUUGUAUACUAAGGCAAAUAUUGACUCACUUUGUGUGCAAAAGUCUGGACCAGGCUGCGCAGCAGUAUGGAAGAGGCAGGUUUCAUUCUACCUCAUCACAUCUCCCCGGACUACGGGAGACUGAACAGGCAUCACAUUCACAUCAGUACAACGCUGGACACCUCCCUCUACGGGAGGAACGUCCUCACUGAUGCCCGCAAACGUUGUAUGCAAUGCAAUAUGAACAGUUAGUCAAAACCUAUAAUCGACUUGUAGUUAAAUCACUUUAGAGUAGCACUAGGCACAGACACAAGAAAUGUGUGAGGACUUGUGUUUGACAUGUUUUAUAAAUGUAUGUUGUAUUAGCAAUGCUAAACUUGUCUUUGGAUCUGAUUUGCCCAUUUAUCUUAACAAAAUAAAAGACUGAUAGCGGUCUGUGGAAACUCA